CUUGGACUCAGUUUCAAGCUUGCAUUCUCGACUUCACCUGCAGCGGAGGAGCGGAAGCUUUAUUGUUCGACCCCACCAGCUCGCCAGAAAUUUUUGCCGUGCAGCUAUCAGCGCGCCACCGUCGACCCUCCGCCCGAUCGCGAUUGUGAUACAGUUGUCACGCUGCUCGUGUUGCUCCUUGAUCCCUCUUUCGUGACAGACCCAUAAACCGCAGGCAAAAAUGGCGACUCCGGCUCAAGGCGAAGAGAUCAAGAAGAAUGAUCUCCCUCCCUACGAUCUCGAGGACUUGAAGGCUGUCAAGGAGGACAAGGAGCCGGAUGCGUUUGGAGAUGAGGCCCACGCCGAGGUCAAGUACAAGACGCUGAAGUGGUGGCAAUGCGGAAUGUUCAUGAUCGCAGAGUCCGUCUCGCUUGGUGUUUUGUCACUACCCGCGACGCUGACUGCGCUGGGCCUGGUGCCCGCCAUCAUUCUCAUCAUCGGAUUGGGUAUCCUCGCGCUUUACACCGGCUAUGUCAUCGGACAGUUCCGCGAACGACACCCCUCCAUCCACAACCUGGCCGAUGCGGGAGAGAUCCUGAUGGGUCGGUUUGGCCGUGAGCUCUUUGGUCUGGGGCAGAUUCUAUUCUCGAUCUUCAUUAUGGGUAGUCACAUUGUCACGUUUACGGUGAUGAUGAACACGAUCACCGACCACGGUACCUGCUCGAUGGUGUUCAGUGUGGUUGCCUUUGUGAUCUGUCUGGUUCUGUCGCUGCCCCGAACGAUCAAGAACUUGACCUACAUCUCUUGUGCUUCUUUCCUGAGUAUCUUCACCGCGGUCAUGAUCACCAUGAUUGGUGUGGGUGUGCAGUACAAGGGUGGUCAGAACAUCAGUGUCACCACCGACACGAACUUGUACCACGCCUUCAACGGUGUUACCCAGAUUGUGUUCGCUUACUGCGCCCACGUGGCCUUCUUCGGUCUGAUCGCCGAGAUGGAGGAGCCCAAGGAUUUUCCCAAGGCGUUGUGCCUGCUGCAGGGGUUCGAGAUUGCCCUUUACAUCACCGCCGCGAUUGUCAUCUACUACUUUGUGGGCAAUGGUGUCGAUUCGCCCGCUCUCGGUUCCGCGGGUCCGGUGUUGAAGAAGGUCGCUUAUGGUGUUGCGAUCCCAACGAUUGUCGGCGCGGGUGUGGUCAAUGGCCACGUCGGGUUGAAAUACAUCUACGUGCGCAUCUUCCGUCACUCCGACCGCAUGGGCAAGCGUGACUUCGUCGCGGUGGGCUCCUGGAUCGCCAUUGGCGUCAGUUGCUGGGUGAUUGCCUGGAUCAUCGCCGAGGGCAUUCCCUCCUUCAGUAACAUUGUCAGUCUGAUCAGUUCCCUGUUUGCCAGUUGGUUCACCUACGGACUGUCGGGCGUAUACUGGUUGCACAUGAACUGGGGCCAGUGGUGGUCGUCUCCGCGCAAGAUUGCGCUGACCAUUCUCAACAUCUUCAUUUUCUGCAUUGGUGCCGUUAUUUGCGGGUUGGGAUUGUAUGUCUCGGGCAAGGCCAUCCACGACGAUGCUUCCAAGUCGAGCUUCUCCUGUGCCAGCAGUGCCAUUUAG